CGGUAACGGUCAAAAUAAUGACUUUGUACUUGGCUGUCAUCAUAAUUUUGUCCUAUUUGGCUUUGAUAAAAUGCAUUUUUUUUCGACAUCGGCGGACUUUGGUGAAGGCGUUGAAGCGUGCAUUGAAUGCUCCAUCAAGCAGAGAAACAAACGGCGAGAAUAUCAGAGCUCUGGUCGUAACUGCGCAUCCGGAUGACGAGUGUAUGUUCUUCGCGCCAACGAUCAUACGACUCAUUGAAUUAAAUGCCACCGUACAUUUGCUCUGUUUGUCUGAAGGAAACUACUACAAUCAAGGAGCUCAGCGUAAAAAAGAACUUCUGAACAGCUGUGCCGUGUUGGGGAUACCAGCAUCCAGAAUCAUCAUAGUAAACCACAAAAAACUCCCAGAUGAUCCCAAAGCAGAAUGGAGCGUCUCAUUGGUCUCCUCUGAAAUCCUGAAGCACAUAAGAGCUCACUCCAUCAACAUGGUGCUGACCUUCGAUGGAAGCGGCGUGAGCGGCCAUGCCAAUCACAUAGCUAUCUAUAACGCCGUCAGGCAUCUCGCUUCCACUGGAGAAGUACCCAAUGACUGCACUUUGCUCUCCCUGGUGACCGUUGGCCUUCUCAGGAAGUACAUCUCCUUCCUGGAUGUUCCCCUCAGCUGGUUUCUGCCCUCAUGUGUCUGCUGUAUUAUAGGCUCAAAGCCCUACAAGCAAGCCAAAGCUGCCAUGCUGUGCCAUCGCACUCAGCUGCUGUGGUUUCGUUACCUCUACAUCACGUUCUCACGCUACAUGUUCAUAAACACAUUCCAAACCAUUGCUCAGGGACCAAAGAACCUGAAGAUCUAUUAAAAGCUCUGAUGCACUGAUUGCCACAUUUCUUACACUACAGGGAAUUUAGAAGCUGUUUACAAAUGUCUUUGAUACUCUGUUAAUUGGUGAUAUACAUUUUUCUUACACACUGUUAUUUUUUAGAUAAUAUUUAAUAAUAGAAGAAACUUCUCAUCCUUUUUUGUUACAGAAAAACUUUUAUUGACACAGUCACAACACUGUAUUAAAAUAUAGAGUAUUUAAGCUUUUCCAAGGGGUUAUGACUUUUUUUUACUACUUUAAAGACCAAUGAAAGUACUGUUGAAUGUUUCUGAUGUCAUGCUGAUUGAAAAAUAAAGUUUCUUAUAUGACAGUA